AGAGGCUUCAGAAAAGGACCAUUUGAAGAACUGAAAAGGUUACAAUUUGUGGAAUUACCAUCGAAUAAACCUAUUCUCUUCUUAUUAGUUCCUAUUUUCAUUUUCCCGCCCCGGUUGCCCUCAUCUUUUCGUAAAGGUUACUACUUAUUUGCACUUGGUUUUACAGAAGAGGUUGAAAUGAGCGACACUAUCAAGUUCAAUUACUCGAGAGCUCUCGAGAAGUUGAGGUGCUUUGUUGAGUUUUAUGAAACUAGAUCUAUUGAUGGAAAGGCUUUGAGCUUCAACACUGAGAAAUCCAUCACCGAGAACCUGAAGGCGCUUGCCAUUGCGUCUCUUGACCCAUCUUUAACAACCGCUUCUUUGUACUCUUUGGAGGACAUUUUCCUCGAUUUUGUCUCAUCAUGGAUCUCCCUCGACUCCAUCGAGGCCCAGUAUAUUGCAUCCAAGAAGCUGUCUUGUGCAGUAAAGGGAUCUGUUGUUUUGUGUUCAUUGGGUAGAGUUGUGUCCUUAGCUCCUCAGACUCGUCCUCUAUUGGAGUUGUUCCUUUCCCAACACGAUAUAUUUUCUCAGAUCGAGGCUCAUGGAGAGAACGUUUCUCAGGUUGAACUCAGAGAUAUACUUUUAGCCUUCUACAGGUUGUUGUAUGCUGAUUGUGAUAGAUUCAUCACCUUUGUUUCCCCAGAUACGUUGGCAAAGAUUCUUACAUGGAAGGAAUCUGAUUUGGUUGUCAAGUUUCUUGCUGUGAAGUUACUAUCAAAAUACCUCAAACUCUCAGAGACAGCACAGAAUGAUAUGUUGAAGAACCAAGUCGGGGACUCCUCUAUAAUUGCAGAUUACGAGACUGAUCAUAAUGUUGAUUACAGAUUCCUUCCUAUCCUAGAGGCCAAAAGAUUGGCAAACUUUGAACAAUUGCGUAUUGAUGGUAAUACCAGAGAAAGAGAGGGAAAAGCAGAUAUAUUUAUAGCGAUUGAACCUCACAUGCUUGGAUCCCUAAUCGUCUCAGUUUGUGGUAUCCUUGUACCGAAAACCCAUUUCGAUCAAACGUCUUCAAGGUCGCCAGAUUUUGUUCCAACUGAAAGAUCUAUUGAUACUUUGAAGGCGCUGGCACGCAACGUUCAAGAUAAUAAACCUGUUAUUGUUGUUGGAUCAGCUGGAUGUGGUAAGACAUUUUUGAUUAACGAGCUGAGCAAGUAUUUGAGCUGUGACCGCACCAUGGUGAAGAUUCACUUAGGUGAACAAACCGAUGCAAAGCUUCUCCUUGGUACAUACACUUCAGGUGAUAAACCUGGGUCAUUUGAAUGGAGGUCUGGUGUCUUGACCACUGCAGUUAAAGAAGGUCGUUGGGUUCUUAUUGAGGACAUUGACAAAGCACCAACUGAGGUCCUUUCUAUACUCUUGAGUUUGCUGGAAAAGAGAGAAUUGACAAUACCAUCCAGAGGUGAAGUUAUCAAGGCUGCUAAUGGAUUCCAACUUCUUGCAACUAUCAGAUUAUCCGAUGGUACCAAGAAGCUUAUUCCUGAUCUAAUUGGUCUGAGAUUAUGGAAUGUGCUUGCUGUUGAGGACCCAUCUGACGAGGAACUCAGAAAUAUCCUUUGUGUUAAAUUCCCAUUACUCACAAAAAUGAUUCCAAUGUUUAUAUCAUUGUACGAGUCUAUUCAAACAACAUACAGAAGCAAGACAUUCCUCGUAAUGAAUAAGGGGUCACAUCCGAGGGUCAUUUCCGUGAGGGAUUUGAUGAAGUUUUGCACCCGUGUGAAUGUAAUUUACCAGAACAAUGGUAUAACGUCCAAUGAGAACCUUUUAGAGUCAUCGGUCAUCGACAACAUCUUCUCGGAAGCAGUUGAUUGCUUUGCUAGUGCGGUUAACGAAGAGAGUGCUCUUGAUGCUUUGAUAAACGUUAUUGGAGAGGCUUUACAAAUCGCAUCGUCUCGUAUCCAGGUCUUUUUGAACAAGCAUGUUCCUAUAUUUGAAGAUUACGAUGACCGCUUCAUUCUUGGUAGAGCACAUUUGACAAAGGCUCCGAACGCACUAUACAGAAAGAAGAAUACUGGGAACAACACUUCGUUUGCAAGAACAAACCACUCUCUCAGACUUAUGGAGCAGAUUGGUGUUGCUGUUCAGAUGACAGAGCCCGUGCUACUUGUUGGUGAGACUGGUACUGGUAAGACUACAGUUGUUCAGCAGGUUGCUAAACAGAUGAACAAGAGCCUCACUGUUAUCAACGUUUCCCAACAGACAGAAACUGGUGAUUUGCUCGGUGGCUAUAAACCUGUGAAUACAAAGACAAUCGCAGUCCCAAUCCAAGAGACAUUCAUAAAUUUGUUCCAUUUGACCUUUUCUGCUAAGAAGAAUGAAAAGUUUGAAAAGAUGUUGAUAAAGUGUUUCAACCGCAACCAAUGGAAAAAUGUGAUUCGACUUUGGAAUGAGGCCGUUAAAUUGGCCAAUCAAGUGUUAUCGAAGAACGAAACUGAUCCAGAAGAUGAAGCUCCUAAGAAGAAGAGACGUCUCAAUGCAGAUGAUAAAUCUGCGCUGUUAGCAAAAUGGGUUGACUUCAAGUCUUUGGUUAAAGACUUUGAGGUGCAAUCACAAACAAUGGAAAACGCCUUUGUAUUCAACUUCGUGGAAGGUGCUCUUGUGAAAGCUGUAAGAAAUGGUGAUUGGUUGCUGCUUGAUGAAAUUAACUUAGCCUCUCCCGAUACACUAGAGAGUAUUUCCGAUCUUCUUUCUGACGUUGCUUCUCAAAGAACUAUUUUACUCUCAGAGAAGGGUGAAGUCGAAUCUAUUCAGGCUCACAAGGAUUUUAGAAUCUUUUCGUGUAUGAAUCCUGCUACUGACGUUGGUAAGCGUGAUCUCCCUAUCAGUAUCAGAUCACGGUUCACUGAAAUCUAUGUCCAUUCUCCCGAUGGUGACAUUGCUGAUUUGCUUCAAAUUAUUGAUAGAUAUAUCUCACGUUUUGCAGUUAAUGAUGAGUGGGUUGGAAAUGACGUUGCUGAGCUCUAUUUGCAAGCGAAAAAGCUUGCACAGGCUAAUGAGAUUGUGGAUGGAGCAAACCAGAAACCACACUUUUCGAUUCGUACUUUGACUAGAACCCUUCUCUAUGUUUGUGAUAUCGUUUCGAUAUAUGGUUUGCGUCGUUCAUUAUAUGAAGGGUUCUCUAUGUCUUUCUUAACAUUGCUAGAUCAGAAAUCUGGCAAAAUAUUGAAACCGUUAAUCGAGAAGUAUACCAUUGGAAGACUGAAGAAUGCAAAGUCAGUAAUUAGUCAGAUACCCCCAGCACCUUCAUCUGAAGAGGGACAAUUUGUCCAAUUCAAGCAUUACUGGAUGAAAAAGGGUCCUUUUGAUGUUGUCGAAGAUGCACAUUAUAUUAUCACACCUUUUGUUGAAAAGAAUUUGCUUAAUCUUGUCAGAGCUACGUCAGGAAAGAGGUUCCCUAUCCUUAUCCAAGGUCCAACAUCAGCUGGUAAAACAAGUAUGGUGAAGUACUUGGCCGACAUCACGGGAAACAAGUUUGUUCGUAUCAACAAUCACGAACACACAGAUCUCCAGGAAUAUUUGGGUACGUACGUUUCUGAUGAUACUGGAAAACUGUCUUUUAAAGAAGGAAUUCUCGUCGAGGCUCUUCGUAAUGGUCACUGGCUUGUGUUGGAUGAAUUGAACUUGGCACCUACCGAUGUGCUGGAAGCACUUAACCGUUUACUUGAUGAUAACAGAGAGUUGUUUAUCCCAGAAACACAAGAAGUUGUCCAUCCGCAUCCAGACUUCAUGCUUUUUGCAACGCAAAACCCUCCUGGUCUCUAUGGUGGUCGUAAGGUUCUAUCAAGAGCGUUCCGUAACAGAUUCUUGGAACUCCACUUUGAUGAUAUCCCACAAGAUGAGUUAGAAGUUAUUCUUAGAGAAAGAUGCCAGAUCGCUCCAUCUUACGCCAAGAAGAUCGUCGACGUAUACCGUCAGCUCUCCAUCCAACGUCAAUCUUCACGUCUGUUUGAGCAAAAGAACAGUUUUGCAACUUUGCGUGAUCUUUUCCGUUGGGCUACCAGAGAAGCUGUCGGAUAUGAAGAACUCGCUGCCAAUGGUUAUAUGCUAUUGGCUGAAAGAGUUAGAAAGCCGGAGGAGAAACUUGUGGUGAAGGAAACAUUGGAGAAGGUUAUGCGUGUGAAGCUAGACAUGGACGACUAUUAUUCCAAACUGGAGAAUAAGGAUUUAAUGGAGAUUGAAUCCACUGUUGUUUGGACAAAGGCCAUGCGCCGUCUUUCUGUCCUUAUAUCAGCAGCCAUUGGUAACAACGAACCUGUAUUAUUAGUCGGUGAAACGGGUUGUGGAAAGACUACUGUUUGUCAGGUCCUUUCACAAUUCAAUAACAAGAAGUUGAUUACUGUUAAUGCUCAUCAAAAUACAGAAACUGGUGAUCUUCUUGGUGCUCAAAGACCAGUUCGUAACAAGUUAGAACUACAGAGAGCACUUUAUGAGAAAAUCACGGGCGUACUAGAAAGCAUUGGUAUUGCUACUAAAGACACCAAUCCUAGUGAAUUAUUGACUUUAUUUGACAGCGCAGACCUUUCAACUGUUUCAGACGAUUUGAAGGCUGAGAUAGCACACGACAGGGCUAAUAUGAAUGUUCUCUUCGAAUGGACAGAUGGUCCUUUGGUUCAAGCUUUACGUUGUGGUGACUACUUCCUUUUAGAUGAGAUUUCAUUAGCAGAUGACUCAGUAUUGGAAAGACUCAACAGUGUAUUGGAACCUGAGAGAAGUCUCUUGUUGGCUGAAAAGGGAUCAGACGAUAGUUUUAUCACUGCUGCAGAUGGAUUUCAAUUCCUCUCCACUAUGAAUCCAGGUGGUGAUUAUGGAAAAAAGGAACUUUCCCCAGCUCUUAGAAACCGUUUUACUGAAAUCUGGGUACCAUCGAUGGAAGAUAUCGCCGAUGUUCAAUGUAUCGUUGAAAAUAAGCUCUCUAUGGACCUGAAGUACUUGGCUCCUAUCAUUGUGAAGUUUGCAGAAAGCUUUGGUACAAGACUUGGUGGUACUCUUACCAGUGGUGUUUUGUCUUUACGUGACAUUCUUGCCUGGGUCGAAUUCGUGAACAAUUCUUAUAUUCAUACAAAGUCAAUCAAUGGAUCGAUGUUACAUGGUGCCGCAAUGGUUUUCAUUGAUGCUCUGGGUACAAAUAAUACUGCUCAUCUGGCUGAAUCAGAAGAAAAGCUGAACUCGCAGAAACUUGAAUGUGUCCAGGAAUUAUCACAACUUCUGAAUGACGAUCUGACAAAGUUCUACAAAGGCAAAAUUGAGGUGUCUCUCACUGACAGCUCUUUGAAAGCUGGUUUAUUCGAGAUACCUAGAGAUAUUGAACAAUCGUCGGAGGAACUGUUUAGUUUUGAAGCACCAACAACUGCUACAAAUGCUAUGCGUGUCAUCAGAGCUAUGCAACUCAAGAAACCUAUUCUCUUGGAAGGGAGUCCUGGUGUUGGUAAGACUAGUUUGAUAUCUGCGAUUUCUAAAGCUACGGGGAGCCCUCUUACUAGAAUCAACCUGUCUGAGCAAACAGACUUGGUUGACCUUUUCGGUUCUGAUGCACCAGUGGAGGGUGGUAAAACUGGGGAAUUUGUCUGGCGUGAUGCCCCCUUCUUGAGGGCUAUGAAGAGAGGUGAAUGGGUUCUACUUGAUGAGAUGAACUUGGCUUCUCAGUCAGUUCUGGAGGGAUUGAAUGCUUGUUUGGAUCAUCGUGGUGAAGCGUACAUUCCAGAAUUGGAUAAGUCAUUCCCACGUCAUCCAAACUUCAAGGUGUUUGCAGCUCAAAACCCUCAGUACCAAGGUGGUGGAAGAAAGGGAUUGCCUAAGUCAUUCGUCAAUAGAUUCACAGUUGUUUAUGUUGAUAUUCUUAAGGCAGAUGAUCUUGUGUUAAUCGCUCACCAUCUAUAUCCAAAUAUUGCCAAGGACGUGUGUGCGAAGAUGAUCAGUGUGAUAUCGAAACUGGAGGAAGAAGUUUCUCUGAAGAAAUCAUGGGGAACAUUGGGAGGCCCAUGGGAGUUCAAUUUACGUGAUACGUUGCGGUGGUUAGAAAUUUAUAACUCUCCAUCCAUCUUGAAUUCUUUAUCACCAGUGGAAUUCUUGAACAUCAUCGUUACCCAAAGAUUUAGAUCAGAGGAGGACAAAAAGAAAGCUACUGCCCUCGUUACAGAGAUCUUUGGAGAAAGCCCAAAUAAUGACAAUUUGUUCGUGCUUGGAGAAGCUUUUAUUCAGUCCAGAAAGUCUCUCAUGAAACGUUCUGAACUACUUGGGAUGACUUCUUAUAGUAGCCUAUGCCAUCUUCAGACCAACGGAGCCAUUGUGGAGUCUGCUUUGUUAGCCAUCCAGAAUAACUGGCCGACAAUCCUAGUUGGUCCAUCUAAUUCUGGAAAAACCGACAUUGUAAGAUAUCUGGCUACGGUAUGUGGUACUAAGGUUGUGGAGUUCUCAAUGAACAGCGACAUUGAUAGUAUGGAUAUUUUAGGUGGUUAUGAACAGCUCGAUCUUACCAGACAAAUAACUCGAGUUGUCAAUGAGCUAGUCGAUGUGUUGUGCCGUGUUCUUGCUACCCAUUUCAAGUUUUCCUCAGACAUCCAACAAUCCAACGUAGCCUGUCUUGAACUACUGAAGUUUUUGAACUCUUCUCACAUCACAGUCGAUAAUUUCGACUUAUUGGCUAUGAAAUUUGCAGACUUCAGAAGAUCAGUAAACUUCUCUGAGGGAGUUGCUAGAAUUGCUGAUACUAUAUCAUCUCUCUCUGAAAAGGUUCAUGAAAAGAGCGUUGUGAGCUUCGAGUGGUUUGAUGGAUUGUUGGUUAAGGCUGUUGAACAAGGUUACUGGCUGGUGUUGGAUAAUGCCAAUUUGUGCAGCCCUUCUGUUCUUGAUAGACUUAAUUCGUUGCUUGAAACCAAUGGUUCUUUGAUUAUAAACGAGUGCAGCUUACCCGACGGACAACCUCGAGUUUUGAAACCUCACAAAGAUUUCCGUCUCUUCUUGACCAUGAAUCCUAAAUUCGGAGAGCUUUCCAGAGCCAUGAGAAACAGAGGUGUGGAGAUCUUCUUGAAUGACCUGAACGAAAGAGGAACUGAAUUCGAUAUGAAGCUAUUGGGAAGAAACGAGCAGAGUUCAGAGUUGACACUGGCAGAUAUGACCAUUGGCUCAUCGUGCUUUGUUCCUGUCUCUAAAUUUGUUGAACCCGUGGACUCAAGUUCCUAUUAUCUCGGAUUGAUGUGCGACACAGAACGUACAGAUGUCCAUCAGAGUGCUUCGGUGGUUUCUUCAGUUAUUCCAUUCACCUCGCAUUCAUCUUUAGGACUGUUUAGUUCCACUGUUCAGAGUUGUGGAGAGUUCAACACUGCCUUUUCUGCAUAUAUCGAGGGUAUUGUUGAUCAUAUUCAAUACUUCGCUGAAACAGGACUUUCCAGAGCGAUUUAUCAAUUAUACACCGAUAUUGAUGGAAAGGCCCAAUCACUUCUCGGAGGAAAUGUCAAUUAUGUGACAUAUCAGUUUUUGAAUCCACUCUGGAAUUCUUAUGUCUUUGAUACUAUAACAGAUGGUCAAUGUGCCAAUCCAUCUGAAGUUAUUUAUCUUUUUGAAGUGGCUUCUCAGGUGCAUAAGUCCAUAACUGCAUUGGAGUCUACUGAACUGAAGGGUAAGAAUGGAAAACUCAACGAAUUGAAUUAUCUUGAACAGAGUGCUGCUGCCUAUAACGGAAGAGAAGUCAAAAGUGCACCACGCCUGAACAUAUUCAAACUUUUGAGAGAGACGUUGACUUUCAUCCGUUUUUCGUUAUUCUCUAACAAGACAAACCCGCUAGAGUCAGCAGGAAUGUUCAAAGUUUUGCAUAGGUUGUGUAUCAUUUGGUCAUCUUUGUAUGACAGCAGCUCGUCCAAAGAUGAAGCAAAGGCUAGAGUUUACCAGAGAAUGAUGAAACAGAACGUUGAGGGAACACCUGGAAUGGCCAAUAUUGAGAAAUUUAUAGAGCUUUUGGAAUCGUUCGAAAGCGACUUAUCUCUGACGAGAGGAUUAUUUAUGACUCCAAUAUGGGAAAAGUUCAGAGGAACGUAUCCACAAACUGGGCAGGCAUGGGCUGACCAUUCCGACCUUUUGGAGUUGAUUUCAGAGUUGGACCAAGUUGCUUUCAAACAAUAUUCUGAUGCUGAUACCAAUGUUACUACGCUGUUGUCAUCUGUGCUUGACUUACAUCACAUUAUUACUGCUGAGUCGACAACGCCAGGUUCAGAUAUUUUUGAUGCUUUGAAACAAGGAAUAGCAAACUUGGAGAGGCUAUCAUCUGAACUUCUUAUUAAGAGAUCCCAUAACUUCCAAGAGUGUUUCCAGCUUUUGUUCAAUUUCGCUGUCUCGAGUUCGUCUAAUGCUAAUGAUGACCUUAUCCAACUAUCUCAUUAUGCAGGUAUUGGUGCCAGUGCCUUGUUAACACUUGAGAAUGACAUAUAUCCAAAGGUUUUUGAUACACUAUGGUUGAAAUCAGAUGUUGGAUAUAAAUCGUUAACUUCUGACCUGUUCACUGAUCACUUUUUACAGUCAGUUUUUUCAAAGAUUGGUAAUUACAAUGAGUUCUCUGGAGAUCAACUCGAGCAAACUGUGCGUGAUUCCAUCGUAUUCUCUAAACAACUUGUGAAGAAUUCUCAGUCCAUAUUGUCCAACAAAGUUGAAGAGCACAGACGGAUAAUCAUUAACUGGUACACGAAAAUUCUAGCAUUGAUCACCAAACAAGACUAUACUGGCAUGUCAAUUUCUUCUUUGAUUAGUGUUUCACAAGAUGUCAAAGACCAGUUCUUCCAGCGUAUCAAUACCUCGUUCUUACUUCCAGCCCUUGAACUCCUGUCCGCAGAUGUCGAAACCGGCAAGCUUGGACAGGCUUGGGUGUUAUUGUCUAUUGGACUCAUUCAGCUUUACGUCCCGGAUUCCACUUACGAUCCAGCAAUUGAGGAUCAUAUAUUGUACGAAAAUUACUUGAAAAGAGCACAGUUUUGUACUGAUGUAUCAGUGGCUAUGCGUGAAGUGGUUUCUGUCAAUUUUGGAGAUGAAGAGAUCCUUAUCGAACGCUUUUGCCCAUCAGUUGAAGGCGAAGCUAAACCAGAAAAACCAAGAGUUUAUCGUACCAAAAUCUCCAUAGACAAUCUUUUCGAUGAGUGGUCAUCUUUCAUGAACUCAACUUUAGAGGUUGACUCAUUGUCGGCUUUCUUGGGAAAGACAGAGUCUACAGAACUGGAGUUGUUUGAGAAACAGGUUGAACUUUUCCAACAGAACUCAUCAAACUUUUUGGAGAGACUUUCUAACAAGUUCAAACACUUUUCAGAUGUUAAUGAUAUAUUUAAAGGUUACAUCUUUGGGCUGAAGCUUGGUUUUGAUUUGAUUCUUGAAACUAGAAAGGGCCAGAGCACCAAGUACCCUGUAUCGCCAUUGUGGUUUGUGAACCCGCAAUCUCUAGCAGUCAGGGAGGACAUAGAGAUUGGAUUUACUAUUUUCAGAGAUUUCUGUAAAACCAUGGAUGUUGAAUCACCAGUGGCAGAGCAAAUAUUAAGAUUCAUGUUUGAUAUGUUAGCCACAAGCCUUGGUGAGAAAGCUGUCCAUGAUCCAAAACUCGAACAAGUGUUCCAAGCCUUAUACUAUAGAUGGUCUCUCAGAAGAUCAAGGGAGGAGCAGAAGGCUGCAGAAGAGGGAAGUGUUUUCAGAUAUCAAGAUAAAUCAGAGUCCGAUGAAGAUUUCAAAGAAAUGUUCCCAGAUUUUGAGGAGUUUGUUAAUGUGACUGACGGUGUGACCAUCAAGAGUUCGACUACCAUUGAAGACGAGCUCGUAUUGCUGGCACAAAGAUACAUCACAGUAUUCCUCAAGAAGGAACGUUUCAACCUGAAAGAAUUGGUCAACACUGGUUCUGAGAUUACAAAACGAAUCUUGGAGACUUCACAAGAAUUCAAGGCUGGUACCAUCGAGCCAUCCAAAUUUGCUUCCGUUCUUGUCAAGUUAUCGGAGUCAAUUGAUGCUGCAUCUACAAGUGUUAGAAGCACCGAUCUUGACUUUUACCGUGGCUAUUCACCAAGGGAGUUAAAGAGAUCCAUUGAGAUUAUUGAAAGACUUUUUGGUCGUGUCUGCGAACAUCUAAAGCAAUGGCCAGAGCAUGCAACACUCCAAAUUCUUGCACGUAUCUGCAGGGAAUACAUGUCUUUCCCAGUGAGAACUCCACUCGCCAGAUUGAUUCAAAAAGUUGAACAGAUCUACACAUUUGUCGCCGAAUGGGAAAAAUAUGCCUCCAGUCAGGUAACUUUGAGAGAAAACUUUGACGAAAUGACAACUCUCAUUGUCUCCUGGAGAAGACUUGAACUGUCCACUUGGAAGUCACUAUUUGAUAAUGAGGAUGAGAUUUACAAAAAAGAUAUCGGCAAAUGGUGGUUUAACCUUUUUGAGACCAUAAUCUUGCCUGUUUAUUCACAUGAAGAUGAUCUGAACCUCAUUGAAGUGGUGUCGUCAUUGAAUCUUUUCAUUAGUAAGAGCACAAUUGGUCAGUAUCGCUCUCGUCUGGAUCUGCUGAAAGCCUUUUCAAUCCACGUCGAGAUGAUUUCUUCAGACCAUAAGCUGAACAACACUGUCAAGAAUCUCAUCACCUUCUAUGACCAGUUCACUCCUUUAAUUGAGGAUAGCCUGAACAAUGGUCGAAAGAAACUACAAAAAGAAGUUGAAGAAGUCAUCUUACUUGCAAGUUGGAAGGAUGUGAACAUUGAUGCUUUAAAGCAGUCUGCUCGUCGUUCCCACCACAGUCUCUACAAAAUUGUCCGCAAGUACCGUGACAUAUUAGGUGGGUCUGUUACUUCGCUAAUCGAGCAAGGUUUAAGCAACUCACAGAAAGUGAUUUGUGGAAAGGAGAAUAUAAUUGCUUCUAGAUUCUUGCAUACCGAUAUAGACGAGGUUUCUAAGUUGUGCAGUGCGAUUAAACCAUUUACUGCUCGUCCACAACAUCUCAAGAAUGGUGUACUUAUCAACUCCAAUAUGCUGGUUUACAAUAAUCGUGUCAAGAACAGAACUUACCCAUCACUGUAUGAGUAUUCCAAAUUCCUUUUGGAAGAAAUGGAACGUCUGAAGAAGGAGACUCCAACAACACUGAAUGAUGAAAACAAAAAGAUGAUUGCUGCUCUCAAAACACAAAAAAUGAAACUGUUGAGUGACACUUUACGUGAGCUUAAGCAAAUUGGAUUGAAGACUCAUUUGAGAGAGGAUAUCCACAAAUUACAGUCUUCAGCCAGUUUGAUUCUGUCAGAGUCCCAAUCUUUUAGUGGAACAGUACUCUCAUCGUAUGAUUCUUAUUUUUUCAGAAUUGUUGAUAUUCUUCCUCGUUUAAGAGCCUCUGUGUCGAAUGUGGCAGAAGAUGUCCCACCGGCAGAUGCUGAGAAAGGUCUAGCUGUGAUUGAAAACCUGAUCUAUUGUUUGAUCAAAAACAAGAAGCCACUGUUACAAAUUUCGUCCGCUUACAAGGCUCUUGAGACGGUACAGCAGCAAUUGGACGGUAUCAGUCAAUUUGAUGGUGAAUUAGUAUCUGCUAGUGUUGUUUUGAAAACUCUUGCAGAUGUCGAAUACAUCUUGAAAUGGUUACCGCAAGUUCUGAGUUACGCUAUUGAAGUUUGUUCUGUUUGUACUAAACUGUACGGCUCAACCUCUGACAUAUCAAUUUUCCAUUCCAUGGUGAAUGAAGUGAAAGAGAUUACACUUGCCUUCAAUAAACCUUGGAAGUUCUCCACUACAUCACUCACAGCAUUGGAUUCUGUGAGUACGAUGAUUAACAGAUUUGUUAAAGAACUCGAAGUUUGGAAGACAAAUUCAACAGUUCCAUUUGUUGGUGAUAUAGUCAUAAAUUGGCUAAGAACACAAAAUAUCGCAGAGGUAGAGAAGCAUGAAGCAAAGCCUGCUAACUUAGUUGAGCUUGAUGAGAUUCUCCGCAAGAUCAGUUCAAGAGUUAUGGUUGUUUUCCAGAAGGUGACAAAUGUUUUGAACGUUCCAACUGUUGAAUCAGAGGAUGAUAAAUGGUUCACUCUCACCCAAAGGGAACUAUCCAGCAUUUCCAAGUCUCUCCACACUUCAUCUAUUGUGAAAUCUUUCGAGGAACUUAUGGACUAUUUAUCAAAGAUGUCUUGUACAGAGACUUCUCAAGUCAAGACACUCUUGAGUUUUACAAAUAUCUUUUUGAAGAACUACCAGGAUCUUCUGGUGAUUGUUCUGAACAAGUCCAAAGAUAAUUACGUUGACGUCUCCCGUGCUACUUAUAUUUUCUGUUCAUCUCUAUUGAAUCUUGCAAAGGAUGGUUUCUGUUCCCCAGAACCACCUACAGAGAGUAAAGAUGACGACAAUCUUCAUGAUGGUACAGGUCUUGGAGAUGGUGAAGGUGCACAAAACAAUUCGAAUGAUGUUGAAGAUGAUGAAAAUCUUGAUGACUAUGCACAGGAACCAAAUAAGGAAAAAGACGAUAAACGUGAUGAGGAUGAUGACAAUGAUGAUGCUGUUGAUAUUGAAGGUGAUAUGGCAGGUGAUCUUGAAAAUCUUUCUGACCAGGAUGACAAUGAUGAGAAGGACGAUGAAGACGAGGAUGAACAGGAAGAUCUGGAUGAGGAAAUCGAUGACUUAGAUGAUUUAGAUCCUAAUGCUGUUGACGACAAGAUGUGGGAUGAGGAAGCUAAGGAGGACAAGAAAGAAAAGGAAUCCGAGAGCAUGCCAGAGAACUCGAAAGAUGACGAUGUCAAAGCUAAAGAAGACGAAGAAGAGCCUGGUGAUACCAAAGAUAAGGCCGAUGACCAAAAUCCCCAAGAUAACUCUCAAGAGCCUGAAAACGACGAUGACGCUGAGGAGGAGGAGGAAGAAGAUGUUGGUGAACAACAGGAUGAAGUUAAGAACGAGGAAAGAGAAGAACUGGAACAGAAUGUACCAGAGACCGAAGCUCUUGAUCUUCCUGAUGAUAUCAAUCUGGAUUCUGAGAAUGAAGAUGACGAUAAGGAGAAUAAAGAUGAUAUAGACGACGACAUUGAUGAUCAGAUGGAUGUGGACGAGGAGGAAAUUUCUGAUAAAGAUAUUGAUGAACAGGAAGCUGCUGAGAAGAACGAUCAAAGCGAAGAUGAGGAGCUUGCCGAUAAAGAGCCUGAUACUGAAGUUGCAACAAAUGAAGAGCUCGAAGAUGAUAAUAACCAAGAUGAAGAUGUCAAAGAGGAAGAGGAAGAGGCUAUCAAAGGUGCCCCAGAAGACUCUGAAGACGAGGAAUUGAAAGAGAAUCAGGCAGAAGAUGAAAAGCAACAAGACGAUGUACAGGAUGAGAAUGGUGACCAAAUGGAAGGUCUAGAGGGUGCUGACAGUGGUGAAAACAAUAACGAAGACGUUGAUCCCGAGACAGCAGUUGAACAGCAGUCGGGAAGCCAUGGCCAAGGUGCCCAGGCAGAGACUCAAGAUGAACAAGAGGACGUUGGUGCCAAUGGAUCUGCCAACCAACAGCAACAAGAUAAUGAGCGUUCCGAAGAGACGACCGAUUCGACUCGUGAUGAUCUUCGUGAAUCCUUGAAACAACUUGGUGAUUCUCUGAAAGAGUUCCACCGUCGUCAUCAGGAGAUCCAAAAUGCAUCAGAGCACAAUGAUAUCGCUGAACAGAGUGCAAAUGAACGUCCAGAUGAAUUUGAGCAUGUUGAUGGUGAAAAUACCAAGAACGAGACUCAGGCACUUGGUGCAGCUAAUAAGGACCAAGUAUCUGCAAUCAACGAUGAGAUGGCUAUUGACGAUGACGAAGAAGUCGAAGUUAAAGCUGAAGAAGAAGAAGCUCCAGUAGCUGAAGGUGAAGCCGUUUCGGACGAAGAAAUGGAGGAUGUUGGUGAUAACCAAGAAGAGGCAGAUGAGUUCAACGGCAAGACUAAAGGUGGAUUUAUUGGAGAGAGAAAGACGGAAGCUGAUGUUGAGGAUGAUUUCAUCAAGGCUGAGUUCAGCGAUGAGGAAGAAAGCGAUGAAGAUAUCUUUGACCAAAGUCUUUUGAAGCCGGAGGUGAUUGACCGUGAUGAAGAUGUCGUUGACAUUGAGAAAGCUCGUGAACUUUGGAGAAAGAGUGAAUUGGAAACUCAGGAUCUUGCUGCAAGUCUUUGUGAACAGCUACGUCUCAUCUUGGAACCAACUCUUAGUACCAAGUUGAAAGGUGACUACAAGACAGGUAAGAGAUUGAACAUGAAGCGUAUCAUCUCCUACAUCGCCAGUGACUUCAGAAAAGAUAAGAUCUGGUUAAGACGUACCAAACCAAGUAAGCGUCAAUACCAGAUCAUGAUUGCUGUUGAUGAUUCCAAGUCCAUGAGUGAGAGCAAGUCUGUUGAUUUGGCAUUCCAAAGUAUCUGUCUCGUCUCCAAGGCUCUUACACAGCUGGAAUCCGGUGGGUUGUCCAUUGUCAAGUUUGGAGAAGAUACCAAAGUUGUCCAUCCAUUCGAAAAGGCGUUCAGUGCUGAAAGUGGAGCCAAGAUCUUCCAGAAGUUCGACUUCCAGCAGACCAGAACAGACAUCAAGAAGCUGGUCCGCGAGUCCAUCGACAUCUUCAACAAUGCCAGAACCCUUGGAAACGCGGACCUGUGGCAGUUGCAGAUCAUAAUAUCGGACGGUGUUUGCGAGGACCACGCUACCAUUCAGAAACUUGUUCGCCGUGCCCGCGAGGAGAAGAUCAUGCUUGUCUUUGUCAUCAUUGAUGGAAUCAACUCCGACGAAUCCAUCAUGGACAUGAGCCAGGUGAAGUACCUUCCAGACGCCAACGGCAACAUGGUCUUGAAGGUUGACAAGUACCUGGACUCCUUCCCCUUCGAGUUCUACGUUGUGGUUCACGACAUCACAGAGCUCCCAAAGAUGCUUUCCCUCAUCCUCCGCCAGUACUUCUCAGAACUGGCAUCGAAUUGAGAGGAAAAGGAAACAAAUCAAAAGUGUAUAUUAGAACAAUUACUACCUGUAUAUUACUACCUGUAUAUGACUACUAGACUAUGACUACUAGA